AUGUCUGCAUCGCCCACGCUGACUACCCCUGCUGCCAAUACAAAACGCCCCUUGGACGACGAAUCUUCCCCUUCAGGACCCACUGACCAGCCCGACGCCAAGCGCCCAGCGCUUGAUAAACCUCUCAAGCAGGAGGAAGCAGACGGGGAAGACAGUAGUGCUCCACCAGACACUUCUCAAGGAGAGAAUAGUCUCCCCACAGCCGAAUCAGUAAAGAGCGAAAAUGAGGCCGCGUCGCUACAAAAUGGCAGCCUAAUGAGCCAAGGAGAUACUACUUUGGUCGAGACUGGAAAUGCGACACCUUCAGCCGCGACCCUUCAAGAUAUUCAGCCCAUUCAGUCCACAAGCGGUCAGUACGAUCGAGCAACCUCUCAGGGACCAAUGCAACAUGGCCACCAAGAUGAGACUGGCUGGUUGCAUAUGCGCGCCGUCAUCUCCAGUGCAGAAGCAGCUACCGUAAUAGGAAAAGGUGGCGAGAAUGUUUCCCUUGUCCGCCGACACUCCGGCGCCAAGUGUACCGUUAGCGACUACUCUCGUGGCGCCGUUGAGAGAGUCUUGACCGUUAGUGGUCCGGUGGACUGCGCUGCAAAAGCGUUCGGCUUGAUCAUCCGCACAUUGAACAAUGAGCCGUUAGAGUCUCCAUCCACUUCACAAUCCAAAACUUACCCUCUGCGCCUCCUUGUGCCCCAUAUCCUGAUAGGGUCCAUCAUCGGCAAGUCAGGCGUUCGUAUCCGCGAAAUACAAGAAGCGUCUGGUGCUCGCCUCAACGCUUCAGAUUCAUGCCUUCCCCUUUCAACGGAAAGAUCACUUGUAGUCCUUGGAGUGGCUGAUGCUGUACACAUUGCUACGUAUUAUGUCGGGCAGACGCUGGUGGAGCAAUUGACUGAACGCUUUGGAGGUCCAGCAGCGUCAGCUUACGCUACGAGAAGUGGAGGUCCGGCUGGGGUGGUACCAGGUGGCAUGCAGGUGGUGCCGUAUGUACCACAACCUGCAGGAGGCCAAUACGGACAUCCGGACAACUAUCGUCGGCACAACAACCAAGCCCAACGAACUCCAGCGAAUCCAUACGGUGUGCCGUAUCUGCAUGGCCAACCACCCCAGCAGCAAGGCCAAGCACCUGUGCAUUUCGGCAGCUCCCCUCAGCCGGGAGGCUACCAGGGAGCUGGACCUCACCAGCCGCAAGUCAACCCUCAUCAACCCACUCAUACGCACGCCGGUCCCCCAAAUCAACCUAUGCAAGGCGUGGUUCCUGGCCAGCCACUAACCCAGCAGAUUUUCAUUCCCAACGACAUGGUGGGAGCCAUCAUUGGAAAGGGAGGAGCAAAGAUCAAUGAAAUCAGGCAGCUGAGUGGCAGCGUGAUAAAGAUCAAUGAACCUCAAGACAAUAGUAAUGAACGUCUCGUUACUAUCACCGGCACUUCGGAGUGUAAUUCUAUGGCCCUCUACAUGCUCUACUCGAGGCUAGCGUUCAUCAGUCAUCAACGGGAGUUGUAG